GUGAGCAUGGUGUGUGUGUGUCCAAAUCAAACCAGUGUGCAGUGGUGGUUGAGAGAGAGAAAAAGGAAACAAAGGCUUUUACAUCCUGGGUGGAGCUGUUGGCCCAGGUGCUUCAGAUCUUCCAGGUAAUGAAUGUCUCCUCACCUCAAAAGAGAAACACAGUGAGUAAGGCUAUACUCCUCCUAACAAGAUGCAGACCUAAAUUUUUGUUCUUAUAAAUAUAGAUGCAUAUAGAAGUUAGCCAAAGUUAUUUUAUUUUGUAAAGCUGCGCUUUUUACUCGAGAAGGGGUUGUGAUCGUUGUGUCAGACUACUUCUUUUAUGUUUUAAUCUUGAAUUUAUGGUCCCUGCGUUUUACAAAGGAACUAAAAUGAAACUUAAAGGCAUGCUCACUUCAGCUCAACAGAAGUGAGAAACGAACGAAUCACUUGAGAAAGUGAUUCGGUUCAGAACAUUCACUUAAAAGAUUCGGUUCUUCUGAAAGAGUCGUUUGCGAAUGAAACAACACUGGCAAGAAGCCUGCUGGCAGAAGAGCCUACUCUAGCUUCAAAUAGGAUUCACCAUGUCGGAUUGUUCGUGACUCGCGGCAGUAAACACCAGCUCUGCUAGCGAGCACCGUGUGCUGCUGCCUGGACAACUACUGUGUUGACAUUGCAGAGACUAAUAAGAGUUAUUAAGGCGAUAAAAAUUACCUGUUCAACAAAAACUCUGCUGUCUCGGCGUUUGUUUUCAGGCCCGAAUCCUGGCGGAGCUUUAUCCACCGAGUUCGAUUCCUCACUUGGUCACAUUUCCUCUUCAUCUCCGCCCUUUCUUCUGUCGGCUUGAGUUUUCUUCCCACAUUUGGCGGUGAGGCAAGCAGAAGUGUUUUUAAGCGUCCUUCACCAUCACAGCUCCUGUAGCUAAGCUGCUAUGCUACUUUUAGCCGCUCAGAUCUCCGAGGAGGGCCGGGAGAGUAAGAGGGGACGAGUCGGAACUACGGGAGAGGGGUGUGUCGAAUACAGCGAGGUAAUCACCUGGAGAGGCGGAGGAGCAGGAGAUUGAACCAAUAGGAGCUGUCGGGGGCGGAUGGCUCCCAUUGGUCAAUGUUUUGGGGAGCUGUAAGGUGGCUGAGAACCGCUACUGCUGCAAAUAAAAAAGGAGCCAGGACGGAAGCUACCGAUGCAAAAAAAAAAAAAAAAGUGCAGAUGAAAGAAAAAAAACACAACAGAAGUUAAAGACGCAAGCAAAAGUGGCGAUGCAAAAAUAAAUAAAUAAAUAAAAAAGUUACUUCCUGCUAAAAUAAAAGGGUGCAAAUAAAAAAAAGCCACAACGGAAGUGAGCUGCCGGGGACCAAUAAUGAUGAGGCACCGAUGUUUUAUGAUCUAGGCACAGAAGACGACGUCGAGAAGACAAGCAAAGAAGUAAGUAGAAAGGUUAUUGUUUUUGUUUCUUGCUUCGUAAACUUUUUAUUGUGUCACUUGGUUAGGCCACGUAGCCCCUAAGUCAAUAUAAAAUUGGACUGAAGCUAACACUACACCGGCAAACAAUAACCUUUCCACUUACUUCUUUCCUCAUCCACGGACAUUUUUUUUUUUAUGCAUCCUUUUAUUUUCGCAGUAUGUAACUUUUUUUUUUUUUUUGCAUCGCCACUUUCUUUGUGUCGUUAACUUCCGUUGUGGCUUUUUUCCCUGCACCAUUUCUUUUUUAAUUGCAGUGGGCUUCGGUUUCAUUCUCUUUUUUUGCAUUGGUAACUUCCAUUGUGACUUUUUUUUUUUUUUUUUUUUGCAACAGUGGCAGUUCUCGGCCACCGUAGCCAUCGCACUAUAGUACCAUGAUCGCCAUAUAAACGUGUUUCAUAAAAAUUACCAAUUUCUCCAAUCAUCAACUAUGCCUGUAAUUUAUACUCUUAUACUGGAGUAUUUUGCGAUGAAACGUACAGGUCAACAACUGUCCUCACUUAGUCAUUCAGACGAACAGAGAGAGAGCGUAAGGAGUGGGCAGGGGGGGUUGUGUGGCAUGUCUCUGAAUUAUUACAGCGUGUCUCCAGUGGGGAUUUCAGUCACAGAUCAGGAUCUGUCCGUGUGCUCAAGUUUCCUCCUGACUGCUGCAGAGUCCUUGUCUCCCCGUUUCUCAGUGCUGGGAAGCAACAGGAUGAAGGUAAAGUUUCUCUGUCUCUUCAGCGCAUGUUUGUUUUUCGGUUAAAAAGAGAUUUUUUUUCGGUGAGAUAUUAUUUCUUCUUCAAAUUAAACGAGUUUAUGAAGCAGCAGUGUAAACAGGAAGUGUGUUUCCAGAUUAACACUAUUUGUUUACUUUGACCAAAUUUGCUUAAAAGCCAGAAUUAAAGUUGUAAUUUAAUAUUAAAGAUAUUGUUUCAUAGGCAUUGUUAAUGUUUUUUUAUAUUCAGUGUGUAGAUAAGCUGCCCCAUCCUAAAUCUUUGGUUCCCAUUUCCCAUGAUAUCUGCUAUAAGACAUUCUUUGUGUUUUCACUGUUGUAUUUGCUGUAUUGUCCCAUUGUGUCUGAAUCAUCAAUGCUUAAACUCAAACUUGAUCUAAUUUUUUUUCCUCCUCUUCUUUGUUUCUCAUCUUUUCUAAGUAGAGACUGUGAUGCUGCAGCAGCGGCAAUGACACAGCUUUACUACAGGAAAACUGACAAUUCCUCAUUCAGGGACCGCAUCCCUCUGCGGAUUGUGCGGGCAGAGUCUGAGCUCUCUGCCCUGGAGAGGGCUUACCUGGGGGCUGUUGAGAAAGGGGACUAUGCCAGCGUAAAGCAAGCCCUGGAGGAGGCUGAGAUCUACUUCAGGAUUAACAUUAACUGCAUUGAUCCCCUGGGACGCCCAGCCUUGCUCAUUGCCAUUGACAAUGAGAACCUGGAGAUCAUUGAGCUACUGCUCAGUUUUGAUGUGUAUGUAGGUGAUGCUCUGCUGCAUGCCAUCCGCAAAGAAGUGGUGGGGGCAGUGGAGCUGCUGCUCAACCACAAGAAGCCAAGAGGGGAAAACCAGGUACAGUUUAGAGUCCUAUUUUCUCACACUACUGAUAGCUUAGGAUCCAAGGAUGAGAGAGCAGGCACUUUCCAUAAAGUUGUUUCAGUUGUCUGUCAGGGGUUUAAAAAUGAGUUUAAUCUAUCAACUCACAAACUAGUCAAAGUUGUGCUGUAAAUUUUCAUGUGUUUCUCCCCUUGCUGAAAAGGUCCCACCCAUCCUGCUGGACAAACAGUUUUCAGACUUCACCCCAGACAUCACCCCUAUCAUCCUCGCCGCUCACACCAACAACUAUGAAAUCAUCAAACUGCUUGUGCAGCGAGGAGUUUCCAUACCUCAGCCACACGCUGUUCGCUGCAACUGCAUAGAGUGUGGGUCCAGUUUGGAUGUGGACGGCCUACGUCACUCCCGUUCUCGACUCAACAUCUACAAGGCCCUCGCCAGCCCGUCACUUAUCGCCGUCUCGAGUGAGGAUCCCUUCCUUACGGCUUUUCAGCUGAGCUGGGAGCUGAAGGAGCUCAGUACAGUGGAAAAUGAGUUCAAGGCAGAGUAUGAGGAGCUGUCACAUGUAUGUAAACAGUUUGCCAAGGACCUUCUGGACCAGACUCGAAGUUCUAGAGAGCUGCAAACAAUCCUCAACUACCGUGACGACAUCAACCCUCUGCUGGAUGAGAGUAAUAAUGAUCUGGCUCGGUUGAAGCUAGCUAUCAAAUACUGCCAGAAAGAGGUAAGUUCCUUGUUGAUCAUGAUAUCCAUUUUUUACAUGAUUACAUCUACAGCAAAAGGAGAAGAUUAACUAAAGAAAAAAUUUAAUUUUGCUGGUUUCAUUUGUCACAAAUACUUUAAGUAAUGGUUAGAGUAUCACAUCCUUGUCGUCCACACUAAGUGGACAACAAGAACAAAUCAAGAUGAGCUCUAAAUGGCCUGAGAAGGGUGGAGAUGUCCAUGGGGAGAGCAACAUGUAAUUGCCAGGCUGGGCUCUUAGCAAUGCAUUACAGUAGCCCUCUCAGACAGUCCCACGACAAUAGGAGGAUAAUUGGGGAUAAUGAUGGAAUAAGUGAUGACCACUUCCCUGAAAAACAUACUCAUAAUAUUUUAAUCAGGGAGGGAACCUUUUACUGUCAUUUAACAUCUUUGAUACACUUAACCCACUUUGGUGCAAAGAAAACCAUCUGGCAUGUGGUGUAAAGUAGAGCUGACAAGAACUGGACAUGUUUCUAUGGUUGUUUUUAAUCUGACUUUAUCUCCAAACGUAAAAAAACUUUGAAUGAAUAGCUGCCUGAGGUAAAAGUUAGAAAUUGAAAUGUCAACACCUGUGAUCCAAGCUUGAAGUUUUAAGGGUUUGCAAUAGUUCAUACAGGCUGAGAUUUUAAGUGUAAUUGUUUUUUUUAUAUAUUUUCCCUUCAUUCCAUUUUUAAUUGGUCAACAUCAAAUUUUAUCAUGGUCUUGAACAUUUUCAUGCACUGUGUUCACAUUUACUGUCAUUUUUGAUGAGCCAGUUGGAAAUGUGAGAGGAAAAGAUCAGUGUGAUUGUUAGCAGCUCCAUGUGCCACCAUUGGUCUCCAUGGCAAAAAGGUUUUUGGAGAUGAACUUCAAGGGCUCAGAGGCUGUUUGUGUGACUUUUCAUAAUAAUCAUAACAGCCUAGAUAGUUAAACACUGGUAAAAAUCACAACUACACCUUGUUGCAUACAGUGCUGCAAACACACAUACACAGCUGUUAAAGUUGUCAUAAAGAUAGAAUUAACAGAACAGGAAUAAAAAAGGAUGAAGAGGACAAGUACAUCCAGAGCAGUUUUGAGGUUAAAAUGACUUUUAAUUGCACUUUGUAAGGAUAAAUGUUAUUGCACCUUGAAUUUUAUUACACAUUUCACAUAGUCCAGGACAGGGCUGGGUGAUAUGGCCUCAAAUCAAUAUCAUGAUAUAUUGAUCAGUUCACCUUGAUAACAAUAAAUGGACGAUAACUACUCCACAAGCUGCUCACCCCCUCCCACAUUAACUUCAUCUACUUCAGCCGCCGCUCCAGUCACUACAACUUCUGAACCGUCCUCCAUCUCCUCACCGGUUUUUCCCUCUUUGUUACUGACUGGAUGGGGUGGAGUCAUGUCCAAAACCAACUUUUAUUCAUUUAUUUUUUUGAAACCAAAUAUACCAAUACGGGCAAAAUGACAUCGGUUAUUGUUGCAAAUUUCGUUAUCGGUAAAUUUUCGGUUUAUCGCCGAGCCCUGGUCCAGGAAGUUUCUUUUCUAAGAGAUCGUAUAAGCCACAGCUUAAAAUAGUGCAAUAAAUACUGCCAGGUUCAUUGUUUUCCUGUACUUUCCAUACUGUGCAGGAGUGUCCAGUAUUAGGCUGUGGUCUGCUACUAAAGUUGCAGAUUCUUUGUUUUGUCCAUUUGUGCAAACCAAAACAAGUCCUUUUAACGAGGUUUGGCCAUCAAGGACUAAUGAAACGGCACCAAAGUGGUUACAGAAUUUAAAUGGACAACAUAGACCACCAGCACUUACUGGAUGUGCACAUUAUUUGUGGCGAAUUCGUCCUUUAAUGUAUUCAAUAAAACGCUUUCUUCUAUUCUUCUGCAGCUUUCUGCACUUAGUGGGCUCUGACCUCAUUCUCACAUCUUGGAUUACUUUCUCUAUACGUAAAUGUUUUCUUCACACUGCACAUUUUGGUGCAUUUUUGGCCAACAUUAAGAGUCUUUCCAAAAGAGCGUUUACUUUUAUGUGACAAGCAGACCUUUUCAUUAGCUUCAAGACUGCAAAUGUUACCCACCUCCCAGCCGCAUGAGAUGGGAAGUGUUUUAGACUGUAAUGAACAAACAAUUUGCCUUAGGACAGAGCGAAUCCUUGUCUUUUAAGAGGUGGGUGUCAUCGCAUGUGGAUGGCGUAAUUGUCACUUUCUAAAAUCGUCCCCAGACAAAAUCUGGUCCCUGCAGAUGCCACCUUUAGCCUCCAGUCAUGCUGAGGCAAGUCGACAUCUCACAAGACGAGAGAGGAGAAAUCGAAGUUGUCAGAUACUGUGUUGAUGGAUGACCUCAUCACCCACAAUUUGAUGCUUUGUACCACCAUAAUUGGGAUCCAUUUGGACGUAAUUUGGUUAAAUUGAAAUUAACCUCCACCACCAUGAGCAGAUGUCCAGAAGAUAUCAAAUCUCACAGGGCAGGAAAAUGUGAACGGGAAACCGAUUUGACAGUCUUCUUAACAAAACAAAGAAACAAAUGUUUUCCCUGUUUAAACUUUGCCCUUGCAAACUCACAAAACACAUUUUUGCAGUAAUUUUUGUUUUUUAAUGCGUCACAGGUGCGGCUCUGUAAUUGGAAAUGAUAAAUGGGGCUAAAAUGUUAGAAAUCAAAGCAGUUGGUUAGCUAUCAAGUCUUUCUGCAGGGUGUUUUCUCUUUUUGUUCAGUGGGCUGGAAAUUGAAAUUGAUGAUUUUUGUGAGGGGACAAAUCCGGCCCUAAUCCUGGCCCCUGACACAUGGUGGCAUUCCUGUUGUUAUAAUUUUUCAACCUGUCAGGGAGAGCUUGAGACUGUUGGUAGAAACUUUUCAUGUGAGCAUUUUAAUCCAGACUUAUCCCUGUCUGCUGUAACUUUCUUACGAAUGCCAUGUGAAUCUGUUUGAGAUCCUCCUUACAAACAGAUAUUUAAAGUCCUUGUUUUGAGGACAGAUGAGCUUCGUUUGUUGGUGACCACUGAGAAUCAGAUGCUUUCGUCAGCUGCAGUCUUGAAUAUAUAAAGCAAAACAGAGCAGCUACUGUCAUCAAAAUCCUGUCCUCUGCUUCCUAAAAGACUUUCUGGGCUUGUCUUUGUGUUGCUGGAGUUGGCAGUUUUGUUGUUGGACAAGACAAAUUGUUUCACAAAUCAAUAUUUCUGUCUUAGUGGGGUUUGAUUGUCACGGGUAGAGGUAACAACCUGAAUACUAGAGGAGUGGAAAGUGCUCAUCUGCCUCUUUUUUCCUGUCCCUUGUUUUUCAGUUUGUUGCUCAGCCAAACUGUCAGCAGCUCUUGGCGUCUCGGUGGUAUGAUGAGUUUCCAGGCUGGAGGAGGCGUCACUGGGCAGGAAAGCUCAUCACAUGUAUCUUCAUAGGCCUCCUCUUCCCACUGUUAUCCAUCUUUUAUCUCAUCUCCCCAAAGAGCCGCUAUGGCUUAUUCAUUCGCAAGCCCUUCAUCAAGUUCAUCUGUCACACUGCGUCCUAUAUGACCUUCCUCUUCCUGCUUCUCUUAGCCUCUCAGCAUAUAACCUUUGGAGAUUCCAACUUCCAGGGUCCGGCACCCACCACAGUGGAGUGGAUGAUCCUGCCCUGGGUGCUUGGUAACUUGACACAUGCACUCAUGAAUUGACUGCUGUUGAAGUUCAUGUUAUUAUGCGCUGUUAUGUUUAUGUAAGGGUAUCAAACUGAAAUGGAGGUGUUGUAAAUUCACUCACUAUUUUUAUCUCCAGGUUUUGUCUGGACUGAGAUCAAACAGAUGUGGGAUAGUGGUUUAGAGGACUACAUGGACGACUGGUGGAACUUAAUGGACUUUAUAAUGAACUCUUUGUAUCUUGCCACCAUUUCUCUGAAGAUCGUUGCAUAUGUAAAGGUAUUUAUAUUUUAAAUAUCUCAUAGAAGACACUUAAAAUUCAUGCUAGGACUUUGUGAUAGGGCUGGGCGAUAAGGCCUCAAAUCAAUAUCACAAUAUAUUGAUCAGUUCACUUCGAUAACAAUAAAUGGACGAUAACUACUUCACAAGCUGCUCACUCCCUCCCACAUUAAUUUCGCACCGCCGUAUCAGCUGCUACAACUUUUGAACCGUCCUCCAUCUCCUCACUUGUCUUUCCCUCUUUGUUAUGGACUGGAUGGGGUGGAGUCACAUCUCAGACAUAGGACAGCGUCUGAAAGGGACAUGAGACCAUAGCCUACCUACAAAACCAACUUGUAUUUGUUUAUUUUUUUGAUACUGAUAUUGGUAAAAUGACGUCGGUUAUUGUCGUAAAUUUCGGUGUCUGUAGAUUUUCAGUUUAUUGCCCAGCUCUACUUUGUGAUCUCCUAAAUAUUAAAAAAUCUGUCUCGUAUGGAAGUGAACUGCAUUAAUUGUUUUCAUUGUUUUUUACAGUUCAGUGGGCCCGCAGACAGAAAAUGCUGGGACAUGUGGCACCCAACGUUAGUGGCAGAGGCAUUGUUCGCCAUCGCUAACAUCUUCAGCUCCUUGCGCCUCAUCUGCCUUUUCACAGCCAACUCUCAUUUAGGUCCCUUACAGAUCUCACUGGGUCGAAUGCUCCUCGACAUCCUCAAGUUUCUCUUUAUCUACUGUCUGGUGCUGUUGGCCUUUGCCAACGGCCUCAACCAGCUUUACUUUUAUUACGAGACAGAAGGGGACGGUCAGUGCAAAGGGAUCCGCUGCAGUCACCAGAACAAUGCAUUCUCCACGCAAGUUGAAACUCUUAAAUACCAUCCUGGUCUAAUCCUUAUUCAUAAUGAUAAAUAACUUUGGUCAGCAGUGCAUGAUGUGAUGGAUCGCUUUUUGUUUUCCAGGCUGUUCGAGACGCUGCAGUCAUUAUUUUGGUCUGUAUUUGGCCUGAUUUCUCUCUACGUGACCAACGUAGAACCAGACCAUCAAUUCACCGAGUUUGUGGGCAGCACCAUGUUUGGCACAUACAAUGUCAUCUCCCUGGUAGUGCUUCUGAACAUGCUUAUUGCAAUGAUGAAUAACUCCUACCAGCACAUUGCUGUGAGUGGUGUAGCUGACCUACCUACUUUAUGGGUUUACCACACUAAUAUGUCUUGCAUGUUUUUAAUUAAUUGCAGUUUGUGUUUCUUUCAGGAUCACGCAGAUAUAGAGUGGAAAUUUGCAAGAACAAAACUAUGGAUGAGCUACUUUGAGGAGGGGGGAACUUUACCAUCUCCUUUUAAUAUCAUACCCAGCCCAAAGUCAGUUUAUUAUCUGGCCAGAUGGAUAAAACAGCAUUUAUUUAGGAGAUCAGUCACAAAAAGCGUGGAAACAUUUGAAACAUUGGGGGUAAGAGUUUCCAGAGAUUUGCCCUCACUUUUGUCAUCUCCACUGCAUAACAUUCGUUUUCAUUAUCUGUCGAUAUGAGCCUAAAACAGAUGAUUUUGAAGGGUUGAGGUUAAAUAACAUCGCUGUAUUAUUGGGAUAUUAUAAUAUGGUCCACAGCUCAUGCUAGUUUUUCUUUGAUUGCAGAAACGUGCCGCGGUUAAUGUGAGACUAAACCAUGAAUAUCAGGUAGCAUUCUGCUUCAGAUAAUCUGCCUUAAAAUAAUGUGCUGUGCUGUUUUUAAUUGCAUUUUGGUUUUAAUUGUGACGAUUCAUUCAUGCUACAAUUUUUCAGGAGGUUUUGAGGAACCUUGUGAAGCGGUAUGUGGCUGCAAAGAUCCGAGAUGCGAAGACUGAGGAGGGGUUGACAGAGGAGAAUUUUAAGGUAGCAUAGAAUUUAUCUUAAUGAGCAUUUUUCUGUUGCUGCUUCAUCCAUGCAGCUGUUUUAUCUCUGGUUUUCUAUCAUUUUAAGGAGCUCAAGCAGGAUAUCUCCAGCUUCCGAUAUGAAGUCCUUGGAAUGAUGAAAGGUAAACCACAAGGUGGGGUUGGAGGACCAGUUGCAAGCUCCACCUUAGCUUACCCUGGAAACUCCUUUAAAUAUUCUCCAAAGUUCCCCACUGAUGAGCCUCAGAGGAGGCUGAGCUUCUUUGAGGCGACCACAACCGUCCAGGAGAUCAGAGUUUCCAACAGCACCAGCCCAGUGGGCUCUAUCAGGCAAGCUAACGGUCCAGUUUCUCCAUCUGGGGAAAAAAAACCUCAUAAAGAGCUAUCAAAGGAUGCUGAAGGGUCAGAGCAGAGCAGACUCCUCUCUCAGAAAUGUGAAGAAAUAAACGUAUUUCCCGAGGAAGAUCCACUGAUAUCCAGCAAACAGUACCAGGAACAGGCUGAAGAAAUAAUCAUUGAGGUCCCAAAGAAAGUGGAUAAAAGGAGAAAAGACACUCAUGGGAGUGGACGGUCUUUUAAAGUUCCAUUAAAGAAAAUGAAAAAUGGGCCUAAAAACUACAACAAUUAAUCUGCAAGAGAGCUUCAUGUUGACUGUGUUAUUAGUUUAAAAAAAAAAUCUAAUUUCCACUCUUCUAGUCAAGAAAAACAAAACAAAAAAAAGAUUUCUUUAUAAUAAACAGAAUCAUAGUUCACUUAUGUAUCAGUUUAAAUAAUCUUAAUCUGUAUCUUAUAAUAUAGACAAGGAUGUAUUGAUAUCAUAUCAUCUCAUGAUACAUAUAUGCUUCACCACAAUUAUCAACACUAACUGAGGACUGUUGUUCCAGCCUAAUGCUCAGGAGAAUGUGAAGCAGGUUAAUAAUUCAUGUUUUCACCUUGAGCAUCUAUUCCAGAGGGUCCUGAAACGGCUCGAUUUCUCCUUUAACCAUCCUAUUAUUGUAGUGCACACAAGUAUCUUGGAUUUUUAUCUUGUUUUAAUCAAAAUAAACAACUAUAUCCUGUAUCCCGGAUGAUUUGAAGGACUGGAAGAUUGAACAAUAUAAAAAAUAUAUAUAGAUAUAUAAGGAUGAUUAUUGGCCGUCCUCUCUCUUACAUUUUGACUUCAUACACUUGGUUUUAGCAGAGGCAACACUUUACUCCAAGGUCUAUUUGCUCACAGGAUUACACAAUCCUCAGACAGGAUGUGAUUUAUUGCAGUAUUUCAUUUCUCAUCCAUGCUUGAAAUAUACCUGUCAGGCUUCGGGUCUGUCUUGUCAUCUGUAUGUUUGGUUUUGUAACUUGUAAUGAAAAUUAUCUUCAAAUAAAAUCGACGCCAACAAAAAAACGGCA